UCCGGUUUAGGGUCCCACUUUCUGUCCCUCCCCCUCCUGGUGAGCCCUCUUUCUCCAGCGCCCUUUGCCCUCCCCCUCUAACCCCCCCUCUCUUGGACCCCUCUUGCAGGGGACGUGCCCCCCCUCAUUCGUUCUGUGGCGGUGCUGCGUCCUCUUUAGCCCCCCGCUUCUUUCCUCUGGGGUGAUGGUGUCCCGCUGUUUCGAACCCUUCCCCGAGGCUCUCCUGCUCCUUCCUGUGAAGCCCUCGUAACCCCUUUCCGGGUCUGCUCCUCCUUGGAAGUCCCGCUGCUCCCCUUCUCCUCCUGCUUCCUCUCCCGGUUGCGCUCCGACCAGGGGACGGGCCCGUUCCUGCUGCCCCCGGGGGCGCCCGCCCGCCACCAGCAUGGUGGAGAAGCGCUGCCCGCGUCUGCAGAGGGAGAGCGUGUACCGCUGGUUCUCGGAGCUGCCGUCCCCGCAGCGGGUGGAGUUCCUGUGCGGCCUGCUGGACCUGUGCAUCCCGCUGGAGCUGCGCUUCCUGGGCGCCUGCCUGGAGGACCUGGCGCGCAAGGACUACCACUCGCUGCGCGACUCGGAGAUCAAGGCCAACAACCCGGCCGACCUGGGCAGCCUCACCAACCUGACGGAUGAGGUGGUGCGCAGCAAGCUGCUGGUCUCGCUGGCCCUGCUGGGCUCCUCCCACCGCGAGGCCGCCGGUGUCCUCUUCCGCACCCUCACCCACAUCGACUCCGUCAUCCACAACUACGGGCUGCAGCUCAACGAGGGCCGCACCGGGGACGAGUUCCUCCUGCUCUUCACCAUGGCCUCCAACCACCCGGCCUUCAGCUUCCACCAGAAGCAGGUCCUGAGGCAGGAGCUCACCAAGAUCCAGAACAUCGUCGCCAGCACCAGCAAGAGCCCCAGUGCCCCCGCGGCCAGCUCCAUGGGGACGUGUCCUGGCUGCCACAAGGUUGCGCCAAGAUCCGAGACCCCCGUAAACAACAUCGGUAAUAGUUUAGAAAAUGCACUACACACAUCAGCACAUUCCAUUGAGGAGUCAUUACCCAAGAGGCCUUCAGGGAAACACUCCAAAGUGAACGUUGAAAAAGUGGAACUAAAGGGAUUAUCGCACAAGAAGAAUGAUAGGAACAUUGAAUAUUCCUUUGAGGUCGUAUGGUCCGAUUCUUCAGUGACGUCGGUAACAAAGUCUUCUGCCGAAGUCACUGAAUUCAUUUCAAAGUUAAAUCAGCUGUACCCAGAAGAAAAUUUGGAGAAGUUCAUUCCUUGCCUAACUGGUCCGGAUUCCUUUUACCUAGACAGAAACCACAUGGACCUGGAAUCGGACCUUAGGUACUUGGCCUCCUUACCUCCCCAUGUCUGGAAAAAUGACCACGUCAAGAAGUUUUUCAGCACUUCAUCUCACUCCCAGCAAUUUCAGAGUUCAAAUCCUGGCAACACUUCCCUUUAUAAAGUCGGUGCUACACUGGGCGCUUCCGGAAGGCCCAUCUGCGGCGUGGCUGGCAUCCAGUCCUCGCAGGGCAGCCUCCCGCAGCAUCAUGCGCAGCACCCGCCUUCCGCCGCCACCUCGGUGUCGCAUCCCCAUUGCGCGCAUGCGGGAGGGAGCGGGGCGUCCUUGGCCUGCCGGGCCCAGUUGGAGAACCCUUCGCCCGUUUUGAUAGUGCCCGGCCCGCAGGCCCCGCAACAAGCCCAGGAGCAGAACGGGAUCUUGGACUGGCUGCGGAAGCUGCGCUUGCACAAGUACUACCCUGUGUUCAAACAGCUCAGCAUGGACAAGUUCCUGAGUCUAACGGAAGAAGACCUAAAUAAAUUCGAAUCCCUCACCAUGGGGGCCAAAAAGAAGCUCAAAACCCAGCUGGAGUUGGAAAAGGAAAAGUCUGAGAAGCGGACGCUGAAUCCGGCUGCCUCCUCUUCGGUGAGCACUGGUGUGGCCAGGGUCCCACCCACCACUCACAUCGGCCCCAUCCAGAGCAUCCGUGGCAACCAUGCAACAGAGCUGCGUGUUGACGUGGAUCCGCCAGCCCCGAGCGCGGUCCGCGAAGGCAGUUCCUCGGAGUACUCCAGCUCCUCUUCCAGCCCCAUGGGAAUCCAGGCCCGGGAGGAAAGCUCGGACAGCGCGGAAGAAAGCGAGAGACGUUUGGAGCCGUCGGAGAAGGAGAAGCCGGUCAUGAUCCUGAACCACUUUGGCUCCGGCUCCUCGAGGCCCACCGCCCAGGUCCUCCCGGUGCAGAACGACGCCGGGUCCAGUCCGUCCGCUCACCACAACGCCGUUCCGGUGCCGCUGAUGGCCGCGGCUUCUCCCCACAUCACUCCCAUUCGGAUAUUGAACUCUAUGCACAAACCGGAGCGAGGGAACGCGGACAUGAAGCUGCUCUCGUCCUCUAUGCACUCGCUCCUGUCUUUGGACGACAGGGCAAAGUUCUCCCCCGGGCCGCCCCCGCCCCGGAGCAGCGUCAAGAUGGAGAAGGGCUUCGGCAACCCUCUCGUGGACGGCCACCAGCCCCUUCAAGUGUUCUCCGGAGUCCCCGAAAACGGCUCGAUGAGCUUCGUCCCGCGAACCAAAAUGGUGCACGCUUCCGCCUUGGACCGGGUGGCGAAAGCAGCCCAGCAGCCCGGGAUGAUCGGGGAAGCCAACACGUCUUCGGCCACCGUGACGUCCACCGCCGUCUUCCACAUGGCGAGGCCGCCCAUCAAGCUCCUGGUCUCCUCUUCGGUCCCGACGGAUUCCGCCGCAGCGGGCGGGCAGUCCUCCUGCUCCGGCAAUAUGCAAUUCAGCGUCUCCCCAGCAAUAAUCAGCCCCCGGACUGCGCUCUACACCGCCAACACCAAAGUGGCCUUCUCUGCCAUGAGCAGCAUGCCCGUCGCCCCGAUGCCCAGCAGCAGCUUCUGCGCAAACAGCAACACGGCCGCCUCUGGUAGCCACCCUUCCACGUCCUUUGCCAACAUGACGAACCUCCCCACUUGCCCCGUGCCGAGUUCGAGUCCAACUCUUUCGCCGGCCGCCGAGAACAGUUUUUACAGCAACAGCGGAGGCGGCUCCUCGUCGGGGACCGUCCCCGUCUCCAACCAGAACCACCAACACCACCACCACCACCACCAGCAGCAGCCCCCCGGGUGCAUGGUGUGCAGCUCCUGCGGCUGCAGCGGGAACUGCGGCUCCGGCGGCAUGACCGUCAGCUACGCCAACUACUUCCAGCACCCCUUUUCGGGCCCGUCCAUGUUUACCUUCCCCUUCCUGCCCUUCAACCCGCUCUGCGGCAACGGCUACAUCAACACGCAGCAGUACAACAGCAGCUCCGCCUUCCCCAUGGUCCACUCCCCGUACAACGGCGGCCUCGCGCCGGACUCCGUCAUGGGCGGGCAGUCCGCCUUCGCCGUGCCGCCCAUGCAGAACUUCAUGGCGGGCGCCGCGGGGGUGUACCAGGCGCAGGGGGCCAUGGGCGGAGGCGGGGGCGGCAGUGGUGCGGGGCAUAAAAAGAACGGGAACCUCUCCUGUUACAACUGCGGGGCCAGCGGGCACCGGGCGCAAGACUGUAAGCAGCCACCCAUGGAUUUCAAUCGACAAGGUACGUUUCGGUUAAAAUACGCUCCACCAGCUGAAAGUUUAGACUCCACGGACUGACACGAACUCCGGACCUAUUGUUAUUCUGCGAUGGCCAUGCCAUUGGGAUGACUACGGAGCCUUCGAAAUUGGAACCCUGGGAAAGUCCACUUGUUGAGCUUAUUAAUGUUAUUUUUUUAAUCCAAAGGUGCUCUACUUCAACACUAAGAAGGAACUGAAGCUUAAGGGGGGUUUUGUCAGUCCUGUUUUUACCGAUUUGCCAAAAUUAUAACGCGGGAUUUUAAUUCAUGUCGGACCCUUUCGGGCGGGAGGCGGGACUGUCCAGCCACCCUUCCCGCCGCGAUACAAACAGAGCUGCACUUUUCGCCGAAGAAUGUUGCCAUACUUUUUUGACCUUUGAUGCUGGAAACUCGAACUCCUGGGCAGUUAUACAGUGUAAUGUGGAGUGAGAGGUCGGAAGUUACCGUCGUCAACAAUGGCCUGCUGGACUGUUUAGACAUUGCGGGGCUCAGCUGGGACCCCGUCUUUUUUUUUCUUCUCACACCUGGCCCAACACUCCGGGAUUCUAAAAGGUUGCACUACAGAAGAAUGUAUCGUUGCGUCUCGACGGAGACCCGUGCAGUCGGAAACCGGCACCAGCAGGCUAUGUGAGAACUCCUAACAAUAAAGAAAUCUUAAUCCUCUCUCUCUCUCGACCCAAAAAGAACAAAGGUGGAAGUUUGCUUUCAUUCUGGAAAACAGUCCUAUCCUGUGCUUGUCAAGCAAUUAUUUCUAAAUAGAACCAAGUCGCCGGCUGUGGAUUUAGGUUUAGUUUUCAAGUCUAGUGCCAGAGACUGCACUUCUAGGAGCGGGGGAAACAGUUCUUCGUAAGCUAUUUAUUACCUUACUAUUGGUUUCUGUUAAGAGGAAACAAUACUCUGCCUUGAUUGUGAAUUCUGGAACUCAUUUUGAGUUUGACAAUGUGCUCUUUUCCAGAGCAGGGCUUUUUAGGAAUCGCGAUGGAUGGAUGCUCAGAAGGGUUUCUAGUAGACGGCCUCCUUGAUCUCAAAACCAUUGAUAACCAAGUGUCAUACUUCUCCCACUAAUUUUAAGGCUAGGAUCGAGUCAGCAAAGCUCAGGUGGUAAAGCUGAAUAGAUCUUGCUUGCUAAAAUGAGGCUUUAGCACAAAUGUGGUCCAACUUGGGCUCUCCAGGUGUUUUGGACUUCAACUCCCAUCAUUCCUAACAGCCUCAGACCCCUUCCUUUCGCUCCUCAGCCGCUUAAUAGACUUGAGACACCAAGUAAACGUCACUUAAUUCAAACCCAGGCCCGAUCAAGAAGCCAUGAAAUCGUGCCACAUACACCUGGGUUUCAAGAACUUCUCACGGAGUCUUUCUAAAUGCCUAAUUAAUCUAUCCUUAACUCCACUGAGGGGUGAGACUGUUAGGAAUGCUGGGAGUUGAAGUCCAAAUUUGGAGGGCCCAAAUUUGCCCAUACCUGGCAUAUCAUGAGGCUAAUUGCAGUUUGGAUUGCCUCGCAACCGGUGCAAGCAAAGCAUUGCAUUGCUCCCAAAGCACAUUUGGACGUGAAAUUGUGAACUCGGUUGCAGUUACGUUGUGCAGACCUUAAUUCUGGAAACCGUGGUAGGAAUCACAGGAGAUCAGCACCGUUCUUGUUCUUACCUGUUGCCUUUUGCAAAAAAACCCGGCGUUCUCUUCCUCGGGGGCAAUCCGCUGGGCUCAGCUUUCCAGGAAUUUGCGCAAUUCCUUUAUUCACGAAAAGUCUAAAGCUGUAAAGGAAACACACCUUCUUCCUCCUCGCCUCCUUGUCGCCAACUUUACUUAUUUCUAUGCAACGAAGUAUUAAAAACGCUCCUAUCUCGAUC